CGCCUGCGGGUCGGCGGCGCAUGCGCACGGCGCGCAGUGCUUGUGUCGCUGCCGGGGAGACGAAUAAAGUUUGUUUUUAAAAAGCGACAGAAGAGCGAGCCGGAGCCGCGAGCGCGCGGGGGCGGCGGUGGGGCCGGCGCGGGCUGCGCUGCAUGUAAUGUUCAGGGUCAGAAAUGCCUUAUGUGGAUCGUCAGAAUCGCAUUUGUGGUUUCCUAGACAUCGAAGAAAAUGAAAAUAGUGGGAAGUUUCUGCGGAGGUACUUCAUACUGGACACAACAGAGGACAGUCUGGUAUGGUACAUGGAUAAUCCACAGAACCUUCCUGCUGGAUCUCCGCCUGUUGGAGCCCUUAAACUUACCUACAUUUCAAAGGUUAGCGAUGCAACUAAGCUAAGGCCAAAGGCAGAAUUCUGUUUUGUAAUGAAUGCAGGGAUGAGAAAAUAUUUUCUACAAGCCAAUGAUCAACAAGACCUGGUAGAAUGGGUAAAUAUUCUGAACAAAGCUACCAAAAUCACAGUACCAAAGCAGUCUGAUUCACUGUGUCAGUCUGAUAACCCAAAUCGCCAAAUUGAAAGUCCAGCUGGAAAGAAGCAAGUGUCUUAUAGAACAGAAAUUGUUGGUGGUGUUCCUAUCAUUACCCCUACACAGAAAGAAGAACUAAAUGACUGUGGUGAAGGAGGUGACAGGAACUACUUGAAACGAUCACAAAGCCACCUUCCUUACUUUACUGCUAAGCAUCCCUCAGAUAAUGCUGUUAUCAAAGCUGGCUACUGUGUUAAACAAGGAGCAGUGAUGAAGAACUGGAAGAGGAGGUACUUUCAAUUAGAUGAAAACGCAAUUCGUUAUUUCAAAUCUGAAUUGGAAAAAGAACCUCUCCGGCUUAUACCACUUAAAGAGGUCCAUAAAGUCCAGGAAUGUAAACAAAGUGAUAUAAUGAUGAGAGACAAUCUCUUUGAAAUUGUAACAGCUUCUCGAACAUUUUAUGUGCAGGCAGACAGUCCAGAGGAUAUGCACAGCUGGAUAAAAGCAAUAUCUGGUGCCAUAGUAGCACAGCGGGGACCUGGAAGAUCAGCAGCUUCUAUGCGGCAGGCCAGAAGGCUGUCGAAUCCUUGUAUACAGAGGUAUACAUCAAGAACUGGUGAAUGCAGCACGAGCAUCCCGACUCUUCUUCAGAAUACGGCUGCGCUGUCUGUUCUGCCAACACCACAGCAGCCGCCUCACAUUCCACAGCCUCUCGCAACAACAGUCUGGUCUCCAACCUUAACUCCAAACACUCUGUCUUGGAGAAGCGAGGAUUUCACGAAUCUUUUACCAAGACCAAGCCAGGGAACUACAAGGUCCAGACUGUCCCUACAAGAGAAUCAGCUUCCAGAGUGACUGUGCAGGGCCUAUUAGAACCUCAAAGUAAAAAUGGCACUCAGGAACAGGAUCCUGGCCCAGUGGAUCUGGAUGAUGCAAACCUUCCAGUCAGUGAUGUGUAAUAAUGGAAGUGUUUGGAGAAUGAUCCAUUUGCUUGGUCCUUAUAAUUCCCUUGCUCAGACUUUUAGCCAAAGAAGAUUAUAAGAAGAAAGAACAAAGAGAAUGGAACACUGAUUGUUUUGCAUAUGUGUGUGUGUGGACACUCACACACGUAUAAUUAUAUAUAUGUUUAAAUGAUUAUAUACUGCCUUUUAAAUGAGGGUUAGAAAUGGACCUUUAUGCUUCUUCUCAAAGCCUGAUGGUUUAUCACUUACUAGGGAGGGGCCAAAAAUACGUGAUUCAAAAAUGUACUGCUGCCAGUAAACCAGGUACCAGCACUCUUCCUCCUCAAAUUGGCAAACCCAAAACUGCAUUAAAUAUUUUAAUGCUAUGCUGUGGAAAAUGUAUUGCCAACAAAUAUGAUUAUUUAACUUUGUUAUAAACUAGAUUAAGAUUUCAGACAUAUGUGAGAAUUGUUGCUCUGCUGUUUUGAAAAGGUUGUGGUCUGACUUUUUCAGAUUUUGGCGUAAGUUCAAAAAAGUUUUUGUUCUUACAAGAUCAGCAGUAUCUAUAGAAAUAUUAUCAAACUAAGAAUUCUGAACUCCCUUAGAAUUCCAAAUAUAUGGUGCUGUAAAAUUUGCAUUAGAAUACUAUUUUGAAUAGUAAGCCUAUUUUUGAUGCACUCCUAAAGGUGGGUUGCUAUUUUUUGCACAUUUGGAUUUUAAUGGACCACCUGAAAUGGUAUUUUGGAGGGGGAGAAGGGAAAUCAGACUAUUGCAUCUUAGACCUUUGAAUUAAACAGGUUUUAUAUUGUAUUACAUUAGACUCUGCAGCAGUUAUUUUAUUAAAUGUCUAAAGUUAUUGUUUAAGAUUUACUUAUUUGAGAUUUGGUUUUCUUAUUAGUGAUCUGUGAACAGUUCUUGUUUCUGUAUUUCAAUUGGUGGAAGACCUUCUUAUUUAGUUUGUCAUAACUGGUACUGAACUGUUCAUAGUCAUGCAAUUGUGGCCUGUAACUUUUGGUGCACUAAUAAUCUAAAGUGCCUGUGGUUUUUUUGUUUGUUUGUUUGUUUUCUCUUCAUUGUUAAAUGUUUGAGGUUAGGUGUAUACACAGACCUUACUCUAAUGAUUUUGAACCUUGGGUUGAAAUUCUUUUGAGUAGCAUAGUUCAAAACAACUAUUUAAAAUAGAAAUUCUCAUGCUAGGGAUACCAGCAUAUUGGUGUUGCAUCUACUAGCUGUGCAAUAUGUGUUUUUUUUAAAAACUGAAUAUUUGUUAUACAUGACUGUGUUAUGGGGCUUCAGUGAAACAAGUGAAAAAUCUCAGAAGCUUUACAUUUCAAAUAUUUGAGUAGAUUAAACAUGUAUUAUUCCAUAGUUAAGUUUUGAAAAUGUUUGCUUCGACCAAAAACCCUACAUAUUUCUCAUGAUGCUGCUUAUUGUGAUUCAGAUUUUCUAGUUUUUCCAUACUGUUUGUCUUCUGGAACUUAAGUUACAUAUCACAAAGUCACAACCAUCUCUCCAGCUUCCAAACUGACUUCUUAACUGAAAGACUCAGAUGGCUUUAUUAUAUGAACCUACUGAUUUGAGAGUAGAGAAGUUGAUUUAAUGCAAGAAUCAGCUAUGAGUGAGUUUGAAAACCAUUAAUUAAAUAUGCACCUUCAGUUUUUUAUCCAUAAGCUAAAUGCUGUUUUGAGACGAUGGUAUUUGUAAAUUACACUUUUCAUUUGUGUCUCUAAGUAUAUGUGAAAACUAGUACAGAAUUGAAAUUUAUUGUACAAGUCUCGACUCGUAUUAUAGAUUUUAUCUUGUAUCAAAAUAAGACAAUGGCUCUUUUUAAAAGCUUAUUUUUGACAAGUUGAACUGUGUGGAAGACACUUUGCAUUGAAAUAUUUUUACUGUAAUUCUAACAUCUAAAAUCAUUUGCUCUGGUACAGCUUUCACACUGCAUGUUCAUUUUACUAUAUUUUAGUAUUGGAAAUCUUACAUAUGGGGUGGAGGUAAAACAGCUCCAUGAUGGAACUAUAGAAAACAUAGAGCUACCUUUGUAGUUCAGUAGCAUAGGAAAAUAUUUGUUGUUGGUAAUUGUCAGGGUCUCCUAUUUAUCAGUGCUUUUAUAAAUCUAUGGAAUUGUUAAAUUAUUUUAGAACCAGUGCUGUUUCCUGUAAAUAUGUCACAUUUAAAUUGUCAAUAAAUCGGUUUAAUUGUCAAUAAAUUGGAUAUCUUAAUGUUGCUGA